GAUUCACAUAAGAAAUAAUUCUUCUUCCAUCGUGGAUUUUUUUUCUCUCUUCUCAAAGAACAACAUAACGUCGAUUAUUGUUUCUGAGGAUUUCUCCAAUGUAACAGAAUUUAUCAGGUUAUUUGGGAAGGACUACAAUGGGAGCAAUGCUAAAAAAUAUACAAGGUGACGCUUUCCGACGCUGGCCUUUUUGACUGCAGAGUCGAAUCAUGAGUCUCAGCUGAUCAAUAUGACUCCCGACGAUGUCGGGUUCAAACAUCUGUUAUUUCGUACCUAAGCGAUGGCGAAUUGCCGUUUUUGCCAUUGUGCUGUUGUUGGUUGCCUAUUUUGUCCUUGAACCGAUGAUUAAAACAGGUUCGCCAAUCAAUUUUGGAUGUGAAUACGAAAUGACAGACGUGCUAUUAACGCCGGAAUCUCUCGGAGUCAGCUUUUGCCCUAUUUGUUUUGGUCGGAAUGAAUCUAUCUGUGAAGGUGUUUUAUACAGUACUGUGCGGUUACGCCGUAAAAAGAGGGCUUCGUUGGAAGAUAAAUGGAAACCGAAAGCUCUAGGUCUGUUGAAUAAGGACAGAAUUUCAAUCAAACAUUUAGGAAAUAUUAGCGAGUUUCACAAACUUGAUAACGAAUUGUGUAGCCUGGUGGGAACGAUUAAUGCUCCAUGCGGUAAUGAUGUCAUUUGGAAAUCAUUCGUUAAUCCUUCAUCCAUAGAGAGUGCAAUGAAAGAAACCAUGUACUGUCCAUCAGACAGACUCAUCACCAAGGUUAAAAAUAUCUAUAUAGGAGAGAAAUUACGAAAAAACCAAACCAUUACUUUACAACUUACUUCCACACUUUACGUGAAUCAGGAACCCAUAAUCUUUCAGGUUUUCCCCUCUGAAAAGGGCUGGCCUUUCCCCAAACUCUACGGGGCUUGUGGUAGAGCAAUCAUAGUUGAGGAUGCAGGACUUCCUCUUGAUUAUUUUUUGUCAUAUCCUUGGGUAGAAAGAGCAAAGCUGGCCCUUGCAGUAAUCAAGAUUGCAAAGCAGCUGUCAAAUAAUCCAGAAAAUUGGGGAUUGUAUAUGACAGAGAUAGCAAUGGAUAAUUUUGCAGUAUCAAAUGGAAUGGUGAAACUUGAAGAUGUAGAUAGAAUUUUAGUGGCUGAUCUGUCACGAUCAGAUAUCAAAGCUGAAAGAGAAAAGACUGUGGAUGUUUGUGAUUGGACAGAGACAAACUGCUUGUCCUCACAUCCCACUGAACUUUGCGAGGGAGUCAUACGUGAUCAAAAUUAUUAUGCAGUUUGCCGCAGUGUGUUAUCAGACCUGGGAAGUGUGAAAGGACUGUUGCACUCCCCUCCGGAAGAAGGUGACUUUAGUGAUAUGUUACAGGAGGCACUGACAGAAUGUGUUACAGCACAAACAUUAAGACGAAAAGAAGCUCUCGAUCUUGUAGUAAGUUUACUUCAGAAGAAAACUGAAAAUUGACAAAAUGCUUGAGCAUAAUGUUGAACUUCAUAGUAAACAGCAAGUGUCAACAUUUUAACUUCUUAUCUUUUCCUAACUUAAUGGUUAUUUUGCCUUUUUGAAAACAGGGACCUGUGGAGUUUGAGACUUAUCAGCAAAAUCCACUUUAUACAGGUUGCCAUAAAUACUGUUUUAGACUUCUUAGGGUGAAUGUAUGAUAUUUCACAGGGUUCCAAGGAUUCUAAGACCACAUUCCUGUGUAAUAUAUUUAACUGAUCAUCUUCUAAUUAGAUAUUUUUUUUUUAUUUUUUUGGUGGGAUAAAAAUUGUUUUUCUUCCCCUCGUGGGCUCAAAUGACUCAUGAACAUUUAAGAAUGCUUUACAUGCUUAUAGAACUGUUAUUUAACAUUGAGAUUAUGAUAGGAGUAUACUAGAUGAAAUUCAUAUGAAUAUAGAAGUUUCUUUACUACCCCUUUGAAUUUCAGGUCCCUAUAAAAAAUGGUCCCUAUAUAAAAUGGUCCCUAUAUAAAAUGGUCCCUAUAUAAAAUUAGCUAAUAUUUCUGAGCAAAAAAAAAAUAUAGACAGGUAAAAACGAACGAUAUAAUAUCCCGACGUUUCGGCGA